GAUUGCAGCGUUUACCGCGAGAUGGCUGCACUCGCAAAGAAUCGCGAACGAGCGAAAAAAGAAUAGAGCAAAGAUCAGUCGCGAGCCGCGUGGAAUUCGCGCGCCCAGGUUCGAGAACCCAUUUCCUUUCUUUUGUUCGUUUCGACGCGCGGUAUUUGUCACCCCGUCCGGUGACAAGAACGUUCUCGCGUUCCACGGCAAUUUUCUGAUUAAAGUUUGUCCAGGUCGUCGAACCGUACGGUCAUCGGUCUACCCGACGACACACGACGAUCCCCGUUUAUCCGCUUUCUCUCGCGCGUCGUCCGCGUCAGAGGUCGGGGAUAACGAUCUACUCGCGCUUGUUCUCGGGCAAGCAUCGAUCGUCUCGUAUCGAGCAUCGAGCAACCGGUGGCGCGAUUAAACGCGGCGUUCGAGUAGGAAAGAGAGAAAGAAAGAAAAAUUAGUCGAGCGAGAGAGAAAGGGAGAAUUGGCCGUUCGCCGCUGAACGAGAACAAGUGGCUCUCGUAGUUGUCGCGGGACUCGCGGUCGUCUCGUCUCUCCCGUUGGUCGGUUCGGCGAUUAUCGGUCGACACGCGUUCGUCUCGGCUCGUGUCAGUGGGGAGGCGCCACGCUAGAAAGCAAAACUCGGGAUCGCCGCGACGCGUCGCCGUCUCGAUAAUCGCGGUCGUUUCGUCGGCGAAAGAAUCCAAGGUCCGUCGUUUCCACGAAGACGAGUGGCGUCGCGACGCGGCGUGUCGCGUCUUUUUCGCGCAAUCGGGAACGCCAGAAUGGACGAAUCCGGGAUCGACAUGGGUUUCGAUCUGGCAGCUUUGACGGCCGAUCUGGAGCACCGGGAGAACGAAACCGGAACCGACCAACACGACUGGGAACAAGCUCUGUCGUUUUUGUCGUCGCCGUUACAGGACAUCAUGUACUACGAGUUAAAGAGCCGAACACCGAACACCGCCAGCCCACCGACGUUCAAGACCGCGACGCCCACUUCUCGCACCCAAUUGAAGCUCCAGCUGAUGCGGGAACAGCUUCAGGAGCAAGAGAGACGAGAAGCUGAAUUUCGUCAGAGUUUGCAGCAGCAGAGACCGGCGGCUGCUCCUCCUAGACCCGUACCCUCCGCCUCGUUGUCGACCAUCGGGGUGGACGUACCGCCGCAAGUCUUGCAAGUACGAACGCUGUUGGAAAACCCGACGCGAUAUCACGUGGUUCAGAAGCAAAAGAACCAAGUCAGGCAAUACCUACACGAGUCGUUCCACGGUGGCAGCGAAAGCACCGAAAACGAUAAUGUUCUCCGUGGAAAUUCGGCGGAAAGCGUGCCAACGUCCUCGACGAUGGUGGUUCACAGCGCGCCUCCGGGACCGACGGUGCAUCAUCCGAAGCCGCAGCAUCCUCAUCUGGCCUCGUAUCCGCACGGUCCAACGGUAUUGUCGCACGGUAAUCCGGUCGCGGCCAGUCCAGACCCGACGACCGGUGCCAUGUCACCGGGGCUUUCCAGCGUCGCGACCAGCAAUUCCGAGGCGGAGGAUCUAUUGGACGACAUCUUAUCUUUCGAAGCUGGAUCCUUGGGCGAUAACCUAAAGGACGGCCAAACCGGAAAUCUGACCAACGUUCCGGAGCUCCAAAUCAAGCCAGAACCUUUGUUGCUUACCGAAGCCGAAAUCCAUGCCCUUGCCAAGGACCGGCAAAAAAAGGACAAUCAUAAUAUGAUCGAGAGGCGACGUCGAUUCAACAUCAACGACAGAAUCAAAGAACUUGGUACCCUGUUGCCCAAAACCAACGAUCCGUAUUACGAAAUUGUUCGAGACGUCAGACCGAACAAAGGCACCAUCCUCAAGUCGUCCGUCGAAUACAUCAAGCUAUUGAAGAACGAGUUGACCAGGAUGAAACAAAACGAGCUCAGGCACAAGCAGUUGGAGCAUCAAAAUCGGCGACUCUUGUUACGAGUUCAGGAACUAGAGUUGCAAGCGAAGGCUCACGGACUGCCGGUUUCUGAUUUUAACUGGGCUUCGUGUUCCAGCGGCGUGCCGAAUGCCUUCCCCAGAAACAAACUCGAACAACGCAAGAUACCGGAGUUAGUGGCGGAAGAGGGACCGAGCUUGAGCAUAUCGCAGUUCGAAGAUCUGAUGGAGGACGACGCGAGUGGACCGAUCCACAGUCGCGAUCCGAUGCUCUCUUCGCCGCAUCUUCCACCUCUGAGCCCAGCACCGACCGGAUGUCAACACGGUCUACCGGACGAAGAUACUCUCGGUAGCUUGGCAUCUACCACGCCAAACUCUUCCUCCGACAUGGAUAUUGUCGCGUAGCAGACGUUCAACGACGACAGGAUCUGUUCGUCCCCUAGUAUUUCGAAUGCGAGUGCGAGUGGAAGCGUGAGUGCGAGUGUAAAUGCGAGCGCGAGCGCGAGCGUGAGCACGUUUCGAUGUUAUCGCGGCGAGCUAGUAUCGCGCGAUAAUCGGAUAAACGGCGACCCGUCUUAUUCUUGUACCGUCGUUCAACGGCUGGCCGUUAAGCGCGCGAUCGUGUACGGAAUUCGGUGCUGUACGGUGUCGCCUUCCGGAAAUCGCUGCCUCGACAACGUUUUCCUCUAUCGCGUUCGGUUAUGGAAUUUCGUUCGCUCGUUUCCCCGUUCGUUACCAUCGGGAAGCUAACGAAAAUAAUUCCAGAUACUCUCGCGUUCGUCGCUCUGGUUCUUCGAAGAACGGAACGGAUGCGGCCGUUUCGUGCGUUAAACGAAAUUUGUGCGUCAGGCGAGGGCACUCGCGCGGGACGCGAGCAUUUCUGCGCACGACACGACACGGCACGAAACGAAACGGAAUCGAAUCGAUCCAAUGGUACUUUUUUUUCGACUCGACGAAACGAGGACACGACGAACGCUUC